AUGUUGAUAUUCAAAAGACUGAAGGAUAGUUUAACAGCAUUGCAAGAGGAACUAGAAAGAGUACAAAGGAACACGAGGGACACUCCAAGCGAAGAGGUAUAUCGUGUUCGCGAACGGUACAGGAGAUCACUGGCAGACAAUGCAUUACUGGAUAAACAAAUACGAGAAAAAGAAAGCCAAGUGUGGGAUCUAAAAAGAAAAAUAAUGGAUUAUGAAUCUCAAAAGAAAAGUUUAGAAGAUGUAAAUAAAAAAAUGCAGUACCGAAUAAGAAGAUUGGAUGAUAAACUUCUUGAAGAAGAGGAGAGAAUUAACAGAUUUAAAAUUGUGCUUCUGACGAGAGACGAAGAAAGUGAUAAUCUGUGGAGAAGAUUCUGUGACUUAAAAAGCGAGAGAGACGCUCUGAAAAACGCACUGAAAGAGAAAGAAAACAGUAUUUUGUUUGCUCAUGGAAAAAAAGAUUUAGAAAUAGAGAGGUUGAAGAAGGAAUAUCGCAUGACCUUACAAAACCUUCAGAGGUCUGAAGAACACAAUCAGUCGAUUUCAAGAAAUCUUGAGAGGGUUAAAGAAGAAAAUGAAAAAAUACGCAAUGAUAUAAAUCGAAUCUUUGAGGAAGAGUUAAGAAGGAAUCGAUAUUCUGGAAUGUCACAAAAUGAUGAAGUGGAUGAUACUGAACAUUCUUUGUGGAUUAAAAAAUACACCGAUCUUCAGAAUAAGCAUCAGGCUCUUCUGAAUAAAAACAACUCACUGGAAAAGGAAAAUCAGGAACUGAAAAAGAAAUCUAAUAUUGAUACUGCAAGGUGGAGACCUUUACCUGAUUCGCAUUCAAAUAUACAAGAGAUGGAAACGCUCAAACGAGAACUUGUUGCUGCAAAGGAACUAAAUAAAGAAUUGGAGGAGAAGCACAGAAGUUUAAAACAGGAAAAGAAUGACAUUGCUCUGAUGCAUUCGAACGCAAUACGUCGAAAAGAAGAAGAUAUUUCUGUUAUGAAAAAGCGCAUGGAAUGCAUGGAAAUUGAAAUUAAAUCUCUUCAAUCAAAGCAGAUGGACAAUGAUCAAGCACAAGUGUUGUCAAAUACCAGCGAGUACCAUCGUUUGUACGAAGACAAAGAGAAAUUGAGAAAAGAAAACUCCAGUUUAAAAAUGGAAUUGGAGCAGAGCCAUAAAAAAGAUUCAAAAGUGGAAAGUGAAAUUCGGGAUUUAAAAGAUGAUAUUCGAAAAAAACAGUCAGAAAUCCAAGGCUUACAGGAGCAUAUCAAACAACUGCGACAAGAACUUUCAGAAACUACAAAGGAAAGAGACGAUGCAUUGAGAAGAAAAGAUGACGUUGAAAAGGAAUUGAAGAAAGUUAAUAGAGGUUUACAGGAUAAUUUGAAUCAACUUCAAGUGGACAACAGAAGAAGCCAAGAAGAAAGUGCCAGAGCUACUAGUAAAAUGUACGGGGAAACCGAAAAACAGAUUGAUGACAUGAGAAGUGAGGUUCUACGUAUGCAGAAAAUGGUGAAAGAACUGGAAAUUGAAAAUACUAAAUUAAGAAAGAGUGUUAAUGAAGAGAAAAAAGAGAAGGAAAACGCACUUACAAGAUAUUAUGCCAUCGAAGCUGAGUUUAAGAGUUCAAACGUGAAGACAGAGCAAAAAAUGAGAGAAAUCGAACGACAGCAGGAGUGGCUUACACAGAAUGAAAGAGAAAUUAAGAAACUGCAGCAGGAAUUAUCAAAUGUUUUGAAAGAAAAAGACAAUUCUUUGCAAAGAAAGAAUGAUUCGGAACAAGUGAUUCGACAUUUGGAAGGUAGUUUGAAUAAACUUCAAGCCGAAAACAAAAUGCUUCAAGACAAAGUCAGUUCAAAGGAUGAGGAAAUUAGAAAGAUCCAAUAUCAAAUGAAUUCCAUGAACACAGAAACACAACGUCUGCAGGAGAGAGUAACUCAUUUAGCAACCGAAAAUAGCCAGCUGAAAGUAGAUAUUGCUGAAGUUUCCAAAGAGAAAGAUAAUGCACUCACAAGGUUAAGUAAGGUGGCCGGUGCCAAGCUAACUCAUGGUAAUGCAGCAAUAACCGACCUUAGUGACACCAAUCGUCCAACAAAAAUAGCAGAAAAAUUCUCCGAGUUGUACGACAACCAGUGGACGGAUGCUUUUGAGGAACUUGAUAACACUUACAACAACGAAGAGGAAACUAUACGAGUCCUGUUGAAAAUAUUACAGGAAGCAUACACUUUCUGCGUGCAAACAGAGACUAAUUAUGAAACAAGGAUAGGACAAGCAGUUUUUACAUUAGCAGAUGAGAGGACUAACGAGACCCGUCAAAUCACUGGUGCUGACGUACCUGUUCAGAAAGCCCUUACAGAUCUAAGGUUGUCGUUGGGAAAUGCAUGUUGUGCGAUUGUAGAAGAGAUGUUUCUGGCAAGACUUCCAUCCAUUCUGAAAAAGGUGGACGUUUCUGUGUCCCCUAAAACAAAGUUGUACGCCCGUCAUUGUGCGAGUCUGUGUUGGAGAAUGAGAAUCCGUGAUCCACCCGUGUUUGUCAGGUUUGAGUUCAGACAGGGGACAGAAUUUAACACAGACAUCUUAAGGAGGUAUACCAAAACAGGAGGAUAUCUGGAUUUCAUUGUCUGGCCAGCGUUGUACUUGCAUGAGAAUGGACCUGUAUUGUCGAAGGGCGUUGCACAGCCGAGGCACUCUCCCUGAUUUUUCGAAAUAGCUUAAAUUAUAAAGUAGUUGAUUUUUAAUAAGCUUGUUUUGUGUGUGUUAAUCUAAAAAAAAUAACAAUUAAACUUACAUUGGCGUGUACUUAGGAUGACGACGGAAGUGUUUUCUGAUAAAAACUGUGUUAAAAAUU